CAUGCUGAGGCUGAGCUUCGCAGACGCACAGUUAACUCCACUCCUGUUUCGCAAGCACAAACCCACUCUCCUCCGUUGGCAAUCAGCCAUGCUGGUCAAGUUACGAACAAACCCGAGAUCCAAAAGCCUUCAACUGGCCCAACACAUUCAGAAGUGGUCCGAUUCGAAGCAGUCAAAACGGUGCCACCCAAGAGUACUGGCUUGGAUCCCAUUGGGGGAGUGGCUUUGCGAAGUGAGGAAACCGAGAAGUGGCUGAGAAAUGGCCUGGUUAACGGCUCCUCGAGCAGCCCAACCAGUUCAUAUGAUUGA